AUGCGCUCUCUAUUGGUGCUGGAUCUGUGCGUGUUCAGGUUUGGGGGGCCGACGAGGGGUCGCCCUCUCGCCGGGACGUACGGCGUGACGGUCGUGGUCGAGGACUCUCCUGCGUCCACCAUUCACCUCGACGAGUCUGCCAAGGGGCCCUACGACGUGCUGUCGUCCGUGCCGCUGCAUUUCACAGUCGUCGUCUCGUACUCCGGGUACCCCUGCACUUCAAAGCCAGCGUUCGUAGGCUUGACGCCACUGCAGGGGGCCUCCUUGUGCACGCAAGUGGGCCGCACGCUCAAGGUGCCCAUCAACGUCGUGACCUUCCAGACGCCGCCGACGAGUGCUUCCAUUACCCACCUGGUGGUCUACGGACGAGACAUUCUCGCUGGCAGUGUUGUUAGAAACUACAAGGACCCCAGCUUGUUCCAAACGUACCUCAAGUGGAAGAUCGCCUCCAAGGAUGUGGGGAAGCAUUUGAUCUGCUUCUUUGCUGUGGACUCUGAAGGCCAGCAGAGUGAUUUGAGAUGCAUCACGGUGGUGGUGUCGGAUUCGUAUUUGCCCUCUAAACGAAUGCUGAAAAAAACGUCUCCACUGGCACCUGUCCAGAUGUCCAUCAGCAGCAAUGCCACCUAUGCCGAUACGGUCACUUUCAUCGUGACCUUUAACGACCUGGUCGUUUCCACUCUCGAUGCCAGGGCCCACGUGCGCUUCUACGAGGUGGAGAGCGGCCGCCUCGCCCACUGCGUCAACGCCUCCGACUGCUCCAGGGUGCGGAUGAACCCCCACAACGAGAGGGAGUUCUCUGUCAGCACGCCCCCGUUCACGUUCCGGGGCGCGACGCGCUACUGCAUGAAGCUGGAUGGGGCCGUGGUGCAGGGGGCCGGGGAGGACACGGGGGCCGCCCGCGUCGACUCUGAGCCCCACGAGGAGUGCACGUGGAUUUUCUUCUUUCAGCGCAGAGUGUUCGCUUCGGGUUGCGGCGACGGCGAUCCGCACUACAAGUCCUUUGAUGGUCUCCGCUUCGACUACAUGGGGACCAAGCCGUUCCUGCUGGCAGGAACGUGCAACAAGACGGCCGACGAAUGGGCUGUCUAUGCCAAAAACGAGCGCUGGGGAACUCAAACCGUGAGCUGGACGAAGAAGGCGUGGAUCUUUGUGUACGGAUUUCAAGUCGUGCUCGACAGUUCUGGAGCAUGGGUGAACGAUGUUGCUGUGAAUAUGCCAUACAAGGACCCGUUGUACCGAUUCCACAUCUUCAAAUCGCAAAACGAUCGCGUGCUGAGGACAAACCUGGAGUUCUCGGUGAAAUUCGGCGAUUCCCGUGUUGUAGUCGAGUUGGAAAACCCGAUCCGCUAUGGGAAUAUGACGUGCGGCUUGCUGGGGGACUACGACGGCAACGUGACUAAUGAAUGGACCGCUCCGGGCUUCCGUGCCACAACCGGAGCUCAGUUUGGAAAUUACUGGAUCGUGGACUUUUUGGGGGAGAGCGGACUUCCAGACGACGGAUCAUCAAGCCGCUUUAUCCAGCAGAGAGCCGGCACCCUGUUGGGUUCUGCCGACACGUGCAGAGAGCUUGAGUCGGGUCCCCUGGCCGAGUGCAGCGCGACGGUAGCCAUGGGACCCUACCACACGGCGUGCGUCUACGACCUCUCUGUGGAGCACCUCAUGGACAUGCACGUGGGCCUCUGCCGGGCCCUGCAGGCCUACGUGGAUGAUUGCUACGCGGCCGGAGGACGCGUCAACGCCACUUGGCGGAACGUCACUGGCUGCAUGCACAGCUGCCCCCCGACAUCGGUUUACUCCACGGUGGCCUCUGCCUGCCCCGCGUCCUGCGGCGAUGGUAACGCCGAGCUUGGCUGUGGCGACCCUCCCCGGGAAGGCUGCGUGUGUCCAGCUAGGCGCAUCUGGGACAAGGAUUCCUGCGUACUGCCUUCUGAGUGUGGAUGCACACGCAAUGGGAAAUACUAUUCGGUUGGCGACUUGUACAUGGACGGGAACUGCAGCGUGCAGUGCACGUGCAGGGGUCUCGACGUCGCCUCUUGCCAGCCGUACACGCACAACGCGACCACGUCUUACUGCGGCGUGGAUGUGGACGGCGUCCAUGGCAGCCAUCCCAAAUGGGCCACGUGUUACGUGGGAGGCUCGAUUCGUUUCAAAACUUUUGAUGGCUAUCCGUACACCUACCAAGGGACCCAGAGCCUCGUCCUGGCGAAGCCAUGUGGUUCUCAAUCUGGGGAGGCGUGGAGUGUGCUCGUGAAGAGUAAGCCCUUGCUUCCCUUGUGGACAGGCUCCGAGCUGCUGGAAGUCCACGUUUCGGUCUACGGAUUAACGUUGAAGUUGUUUCGUUCCGGUAGUUUAUUGGUUGAUGGCAUGGCCACGGGCGUUCCAUUCAUGUACCCGAGCAGAGAUUCCCCUCUCUUGGUCGUAGUGAAUUCGGGCAGCUUCUUAAUCCUCGACACCGCUGCCGCGCUUGGCUUGCAAGUUCACCUCGACUUGGGGGCGGGAUACGCUUACGUCCGAGUGCUCACCUCCUACUGGGGGCGAGUGUGCGGCCUGUGCGGGAACAUGAACGGCGACCCUGUCGACGACUUGAGGCUGCCCACGGGAGCCGUCGCCCGCGACGCUGCGUCCUUCGGCGACGCAUGGGCGGCAGCGGUCGAUUGGAACGAUGGCUUUAAACAAGGAGCGCCGAGGGCGGCCGAGGUGGUCGUGGCCGCGCGUCUCCUGAACGACAGCUGCGCGAGGCUGCUGGGCGAUGCCGUGCUGAGAAGGUGCCACGGCGUCGUGGACGUCGUCCCCCACUACGACAACUGCGUCGCCGACCGGCCGCUCGAGCCCGCCGCGCCGGCGGCCUGUCUGGCGCUGGCAGCCUACGCCGCAGUCUGUGCUCUCGCCGGUGUGCCGCUGUGGGACUGGAGGGCGAGCACGCUCUGCCUGGCCCCGGCGUGCCCGCAGAACAGCCACCACGAGGCGUGCGCCGUCUCGUGCCCUCCCACGUGCACCGACCUGCAGGCCGAGAAGAAUUGCGUCGUGAAGGCGCCCUGCCUGGAGGGCUGCUCGUGCGACUUCGGCUUCGUCUGGAGCGGCGGUCGCUGCGUGCUGCCUGAGCAGUGCGGGUGCAUCGAUGGCGCCCGAUACUACGAGGCGAGAUUGUCUUGUCAAGAGGGGGUGGCUCGCGCCAUCGAGGGGUUUACGCGGGUUGCUGUCUUUCUCUUAAAGGACGCUUGGAAUGCCUUGCGGGCAACUCUGCUCCUUGUUAUCGCUUCUCGGUCAUUUCCGAUGUCCUGCUGUGGGUCUAGCCAAGUGGCAGCUGUCCCAGGUACACGCAGCAACUGACCUGCGAUUGUGUAUUAAUUUCUUCAGCACGGUUGGCUAUGUACGGUGCUAAUCGGAGGUGUGGGUAUUAAUUAGGCCGUCAGCGGUGGGGGGGGGGGGGGGACGUUGUUGCUAAAUGAGUUUUCCAAUCGAGUUGUGUAAACGUUUUACAGCUUGUAACAGUGCCACAGCGAUCCAUGGCUCAUGGGCAGUCACUGGAGCCUGGGAAGUGCCAACUUGCUGCUAUAAAAAAACUGUUAUGCAAGUUAAACAAUUAUGAGAAACUGUCAAGUGAUUUAGUCAGCAAUGGCCUCUGUGCGUGAACAAGUCUCGGCAUGAUGACUACCACCAAAAGACUAACGCGACAAAUAUUAUUGGUGUGAAUAAAAACGUAGACUAAAGUCAUUCAGCAUUGCUACGAGACGAGUGUACCGAGGGAGACGACCAUACUCAUUGCUUGUGUACGAAUAUGGAGUUCGCCGAUUGGCAUACUUGUUGAUUUUGUUGAGGGAGUUAAUCACGAAGGGGUGGAGUGCGUUCAUCGACUUCAAAGAGCUGGAUUGACUUAAAUCUACGCACAGAGCCGUGACAAAUCCUUUGGAUUCGUUGUAGAGCAGCCCAAGAUCGACCGUGUCGAGCCGUGUAAUGCCCUGACGGUUCACUUAGCGGCAGUUUGGACAAUAGCAUAAUUGUAACUAAAAAUCCCAAAUACUUAAUGUUGAUUUGUUUUAAUCAACAGUCGGGUGUGGAAAGGGAAACUGGAUUCUCAACGUCUGGUGUAGAAACUCACGCUUUGUAAACGAGGGGUCUCCUCGUUUGUCCGUCUUUGUUUAGGUUGGAUCCACAUUUCGCAACGCCAACUGCACAAGUUUGUGCAAAUGCACACCAAGCCGCAGCGUCGUGUGUAGCCCGUUCCCCUGCGAGGGCUUCUGCGUCCUUAAAGAUGAGAAUCGUUACUGCGUCCCGAAGAAGAGUGAGUCCCUUGCCUGCCGUUCUUUUACAAUUGACGUUGCUGAAGUGUGGUCAAAUGCAAAUCUGCGUUUUAAAGCUGCUACUGCCCAACCCCAAAGUAAAACAUUUGAAUCGUGAUGUUGGUUGUGAAGCCAACGGAGAAACAUCGUUUUGUAAACCUGAUAUCUCCCACCAGGGAUGUGUGCUAGGUUGAUCGUUUGGGAUAAAAUUAAUUGUACUUCUGGGUACUUCAGGUACUUCAAGUACUGAGUAUUCGCAUUCAUUGUUGAAGAGAUGGUGAUGGUAUUGUUUUAAAGACGUUUCAGAGUAUGGUAUGCCUGGUUUCUGAUCGUGUUUAACACAAUUAUGGGAUGGGAAAAUUUGUAUUCCAUUGAGAAAACGAGUGCUUACAAACAUCCUAGGCUCUUAAGAAGCAUGAUUGUCCAUAGGCAAGUGGCUCACAGACCAAGAAAAAGCGUUUCUCAAUGUGGCAGUUAUCUUUUCUGCGAAGCGUGGGCUAAUUGGGGUAAAAGGGCCGCCUUGAUAUUCUGCCUGAGGCACAAUUGGGGAGGCGUAUAACGGUGAGGAUGGGGGGGGGGUAAGAAUAUCACAACCUUAAAAAAUGGCAUACGCAACGUUUACAAAACUGACAUCGCAAAAAUCGUCUGACUUUUAUUUCACCAUUGUGAGAAUAAAUCCAUUGCAG